GGAAGAAUUGGAGGGGAGGAAGGGGUGCUCUGCACCCAGCUCCACUUGGAAUCUUCCCAGUGGGUGCCCAGCCAGCCCAGCAGAGCCACAGGACAGAAAACACCUGGGACAAAGGCACGUAACCCCAUUUUGGGGUCUUUGUGGGGACACCUGACCAGGACUGAGCUGCAGGGCUGGGAGCAGGGUUGGAGCCACAGCCAAGCACCAGCAAAAGCAGCACCUUUUGUGGCACCUCCUGAUGUCACCCAGGUCCCCUCGCUGGUGUAAACAGUGGUGCAGGGGACAUUCCACUUCCUCCUGAGCACUCGGCUGCGCUGAGCACAGCUCUGCCCGCCAAGGAAUGACCCACCCACCCCACACUACCACAGCCUCUUCCAGCAACCCAGUCAUGAGCCAGAGCAACCAGAGCUGCUCCCAUCAGGACAUCAACUUCAAGAGCAGCCUCUACGCCACCACCUACACCCUCAUCUUCAUCCCGGGGCUCCUGGCCAACAGCGCUGCCCUGUGGGUCCUGUGCCGCUUCCUCAGCAGGAAGAGCAAAGCCGUCAUCUUCAUGAUCAACCUGGCCGUGGCCGACCUGGCCCACGUCCUCUCACUGCCCCUGCGCAUCUACUACUACAUCAACCACACCUGGCCCUUUGGGGAUGUCCUGUGCUUGCUCUGCUUCUACCUGAAGUACCUCAACAUGUACGCCAGCAUCUGCUUCCUCACCUGCAUCAGCAUCCAGCGGUACUUCUUCUUGUACCACCCCUUCCGCGCCAAGGGCUGGAAGCGCCGCUACGACGUGGCCAUCAGCGCCCUGGUCUGGCUCGUGGUGGGGGCCCUCUGCGUGCCCUUCCCCAUCAUGAGGAGCCACGGGCUGGGUGCCAACACCACCAGCUGCUUUGCCGACCUGCAGGUGAAGCCGAUCGACAGCAAGGUGGGCACGGUGCUGAUGACCGGCACUGCCGAGCUCCUGGGCUUUGUGGGCCCGCUCGUCAUCAUCUUAUUUUGCACGUGGAAAACAAGAGACUCCAUCCGGGGCUUCCAUAUCCCAGAGGAAAACAGCGGGGAGAGGAGGAAGGCCCUCAGGAUGGUUUCCAUGUGUGCCAUUGUGUUCUGUGUGUGUUUUGCACCCUACCACAUCAACUUCUUCUUCUACAUGUUGGUGAAGGAGAAUGUCAUCACCAACUGCUUGCUGAGCACCAUCACACUCUACACCCAGCCCUUCUGCCUGAGCCUCGCCAGCUUCGACUGCUGCUUGGAUCCCAUCAUCUAUUUCUUCAUGACUUCCGAGUUCCAGGAGCAGAUUUCCAGGCACAGCAGCAUGGCCAUCCGGAGCCGGCUCAUGAGCAAAGAGAGCGCCUCGUCGAUGAAGGGAUGACAAGAAAGCCACUUGGAAGAAACGAAGGUGUUUCAUGUGAAAUCUG